UCGGAUGGAGCUGUGGGGCGGGGCUGGGGGCGGAGAGUGGCAGGCUGUGCGGAGGUGGGGCUUCGGGCGGUGCUUGUGACAGGCUGUGGGGUGGAGUUGCGGAAGGUUUAAGGCGAGGGGCGGGGCUGAAUAAAGCCAAGGCGGGAAGGGGCUGUGGUGGAGAGGAUCUGUGGGGCAGGAUAUCUGUGUGGCGGAAUAUCUGUGGGGAGGGUUGCGGGAGCAUUGGGUCGGCUGUUUGGGUCGGGACUCUAAGAGCAGUGGCGCGGGGCUGCAGGAGAAGCAGGGCGUGGCUGUGAGGAGAGGAGCUCUGAGGUAGCUGCGGGGCUGAGGCAGGAGCAGGACGGAGCUGUGCGGCAGUGAGAGGCACCUGCUCUGUCCUUGGAGCAGCUCGAGGAAACAGGAAGGCUGGGAUGAGCCAAGCAUUUGAACCACUGCACCACCAGGGCUGCCUUUCAGCAUAAGGAAGAAAAUGCUAUUUCCAAAAGAAUCACAUCCACAGGCCUGGAUCUCCUCAACCUGCCAGCAGACUUGAAGUUCUAACCUGAAAACUCCAACCACUAGGCUGCCACCCUGUGUCCGGGGCUGUCUGCACACUGCUUCCUCCAGGGAUGGGAUCCUCCUUACCAGCUGGGCAGGCGGGCGUUGUUACCUGGGCAUCACCAUGGUCUGUUAUCAUCAGUGAAAACCCAGCCGGAAGGGAGAGGGCACAUCUGAGGACAAGAGGAUCAUCUUGCAAAGUGGACACCUCUGUCUCUCCUGUCAUGUAAGAGGCUCUUCAAAGGGUGGUUCGGUAUUCGGAAGAUUUCUGUCAGUUUCUGCUUGAAAUUUUCCCAUUUUUAAGAGAAUACGGAAACAUCUCAUAUGACCUUCAUCACAAAGAUAACCUCCUAAAAUUGCUCCUAUGUUUCGAAAGAAGGCCAGGGUAGUUGUUACACAGAGCCCUGGAAAGUAUGUGCUCCCUUCUCCCAAGCUAAAUAUCGAAAUGCCAGAUUAAAGGCCCUUCUUUCCGGGGAGGACGUCGGUGGAUCGGAAACACACUCCUCAUCUCCCCUCUGCCUCUGUGUGCACCCUCCACCCAGGGCUGGAACUGGAGCUGGGACCCUGGGGACUGUCAUUUCCUGCCUUGUUUGCAUUCAAAGCCUAUCUGUGACUCCCCACCACGUGCCACAGAGGAGGAGGGGCCUGGACAAAGUGGUGUGGAGGGUGUCAGGGUAAGCAUGCUUGAUGGAGAGUGUGCCCUGGAGAGCAGGAGAAACUGACUUCCACAUGGGCCUGAGGAGCUAGCUCAUUGCCCUUGGGGGUGGACGCUGAGGCCCAGGAAGGGGGUCUUCGUGUCUCUUGGGUAAAAUGCUAAACAGGAUCACAGCGUUUUGAAAGCACAUCUGCCAGGACGUGUGGCCCAGACUUCUCCUGCCGCGCAUAGACAGUAGGAGCUCUCCACGUGUCCCUGUUGCCCACUGGUUGUAUGCCUUGCAGGCCUCGCUCCCAGCACCCUACCCGCGAAGGCCUUGCUCUUGGGGCAGGACCACGGCAGGUUUUCCUUAAAGCCUCCUUGGCAAGCCCUUUCUCAUGCAGUGACUCCAUGGCUGUAUAGUAUUUAUACAUAUAUUUUAGCAUUGUGACAUAUUGUGUGCAGUCCUACUCUGAACAGUCUACUCCGUUAAAGUAUUUUUUUACAAGCUUGUACUGGAGAUGGACACGGCCAUUCACCCACUUGAGGUUCUCCUCGGAUGGAGCAGCUGCUACUACCAGGACAGCCACCACAAGUGAGAAACGGUCUGCGCUGUCGCAACCUCCAGGGACCGCUGGCUUGCCAAAAAUCACAAAGCACUGUUUGAAACUGGAACCCUACAGAAGGUGGUCAGAGACGAAACGUGAAGAACGGUAUCAUGGGUAGCUCCAAGUCUGCAGAUUUUGGUCUGCGGUGACAAGAACGCUUUAGCCUGAAUCCCGUGCUUUUCAUUCUGAGAGUGGUUUCUGUAAGCACUGCUGGUAUAGUCGUGGAGCAGAGGAGGGGAGAAACCAGUUCUUACAGGUAGGAGACCCUUCAGCCUGAAAAGAAAGGUAGUGUUUUUUAAAGGAAGGAGAGAGGAGGGUUGAUGUUCUCACUCAGGAGAGGCCAGGAGGAGUUUCAAAGGAGGCCACUGCUAGGUGGACUGUUUGGGCUACAACUGAACCCUAUAAACAGCUCCUCCCCUGACACUGAACUCCGGCAAAGCUGUCCUUGUUUGGGGGGACAGGGUGAAUGGGUGGUGUCGCUGUGCCUGCGUGGUGUGUAAGAAGUUCAGCUCAGUAUUCCAGGUCCCUCAGCUGUUCAUUGAAGCAGUUGCUCAUUUUUGACAUGCACCGUGUGGAGCUUGUUGUACAGGUGGUCCAGGAAACUCAGUGUGGGCUCAGCCAGUCUCAGAGAAGCAUCUGCAGUUGCGGGGGUAUGUUGGGAACAACCCUUUAGCACUAGUUGGCUUCCAGGUACAGCCUAAGGGGACAGGAGGAAAAUAGGGACGGCAUCAAGUCUCCACAGUUGCCUAGGUGAGACCAUGUCACCUUUGCUGCAGCUCAUGAGACUCAGCAGAGUGUUGGGGGGGUGUUCCAAGAUGGCCCCCCACAGGGAUCGGAUUUCAGGGAUUCUUCUGCAUGGCCAGGGCUCAUCAGCAGCCAAGGAUUCCUCAUAUUUAAGCAAAGUCUCUCCCUGAUUGCUGUGUGGCCCACCAUGGUGCCUCUGCCUUUUCAUGGGAUGGGAGCUCAGAUGGAACGUCAGCUGGUGGUUUGUAGCGACUGACAAAGAGAUCCCAAAUGGGAUUAUAACUACAGGUAUACUCGUUGCUAUCCAGUGGAUCCCCACUGAUAGCGACCCCACAGGACCAAGUGGAACUGCCUCAUAAAGUUUCUACGGAGCAGCUGGUGGAUUUGAACUGCCAUACCUUUUGGUUAGGAGCUGAGCUCUUAACCACUGCACCACCAGGAAUCUAACCACAAGUAUAGGGGUUAGGGAUUACCACACAUAUUUUAGGGGGACACAAUUCAAUCCAUAACAGACUCUUCCUCCCAGUGGACAGACAUCCUGUGACAGUUAGAACGACGAGGAAUGUCAGGGAACAAUGGUCUGGCAGAAGCCAUAGGACACAGUGUGUGCAAGUCAAAGCCAAAACUUGUGCUUUACUGAAGGCCAUCAACUGUGGUUUCCCAAGUUGUCUUCCUCCCCACCAAUGACCUUCCGUGCCACCGAUGGCCAAAUCCCUCCACGUAGGUCUUCUGUAGAGUUCACGGACUGCCUAGGCCACAUGAAACUUUCCCUUCUGUCCUUAAGAAAAGCUUGCUUAAGAAAAAGCCCUGUGGUCCGUAACUGACGGAAGCUGGCUGUUUAACUGAAGAUUCUAGGCACCUCCUUCGAGAAUGCCUCCAGUCUUCCCCACUUAAAUUCUUAGCCUCAGAGCACAUAUCCCCAAGGCAGUGGUGACUUGACCCGAUGGUGGUACGGUCUUGGGUACAAAUGCAAAGUGCUCCUGAUGCUAGCCUAGUUCCAUGGCUACUCAGGGUACCAGAAAGAGAUACAAAGUCCACCUGGCCCCGUCUGUUGAUGACAAGCCAGAAGGAGAGGUCCCGUCGAAUCCUGUCCUGAUCCAAAGUUGGCUUCCAGAGAGAUUUUGGAUGAGCAUGGUGGCCGAGACACGAGCCAAGAAGCCUCUCGCGGGCCAUCCUGGGUUGUGGAGUGGAGGCAUGGUGAAGGCUGAGAGGCCUUGGCAGUGAAAUGUACCUUGAGAGAUUCUCUCUCCAAGCCCUCUUGGUACCCUCUUUUAGAAACUAAGUAGGAGUGAGUAAUACUCACUGCAGAGCUGGGACAGGAACCAGGGGCCCUUCACUCCGGGGCCUUGCAGCCGCACUCCCUCCCUAGAAAGUGAAUAUUGAGAACAAAUUGUCCACAAAGGCCAGGGAGCAUGUAUCACCAAACACACUGCAGAACCACGUCACCUGGGGCCUAUGAGGAUUUGCCCUUGGGUUUUGUACCCGCACUCUCAUUCGGUGUUUCCCCUAGGCUCAUAUACACAUUGGUGGGGAUUUUCACAUUGGCUUCCCUUAGUCCCGUCUAGCUAAGAAUGUGGAAACCCCGUUGGCGUAGUGGUUAAGUGAUAGGGCUGCUAAUCAAAAGGAUGGCAGUUCAAAUCCACCAGUCGCUCCUUGAAAACUCUAUGGGGCAGUUCUACUCUGUCCUGUAGGGUAGCUAUGAGUCAGAAUGGACUUGAAGGCAACAGGAGUGGUUUGGUUGGUUUUAGGUAAGCAUGUAGGAAUGCCCGUGGGUCUGAGUUUGUGUACAGUAGACGUUGUGAAAAGCAUCUGACACACAGCAAACAAGAUCAUUGCACGUGCACCCUGCAAUCAUGGGAAUGGCGGAGAAGGACUCGGAGAGGGGUGGACGAGCUCCCGGGGUAGGGAGAACGGGGCUGGCAAGUUGGCGCAUAGUACACUGAACCUCAAAUCAGGUCACUGAAAGAGGAAGUCCCAAAGGAGACCCAGAGUGGACGUGGCGCAUCACACACUCAAACUCAAAUCAGGUCACUGAAAGAGGAAGUCCCAAAGGAGACCCAGAGUGGACGUGGGAGGGGAGAAAUGUGGGCGGAAAGCCCAGUCACAACUCCUCCUGAAGGAAGGGGCUGCAGCUUUAGAGACAGAGCCAAGGCGGCCACUGAGAGGAAGUGUUUGGGGCAGGGGAUGUGGAAGGGGCAGUCAAACACAGGUACUCCUUAAAUGGGUGGGCCUUGGGCCACAGGAACAGUAUCCUUGGGGAAGAAAUGGUAAUGAUCAGACAACCUGCUGCCAUCUGCAGUGGGACGAGUCUUGGAGCUGAGGCGACUCAACGGGAGACUCCAAGUGCAACACACACUGUGGGUAUCCAGUCAUGGAGCCUACGGUGCUUUGGGAGCAACCCGCUGCGCUCAGGCUGGUGCUGCAUGGGGACAUUUUGACAGAGUGGCAGUAAAACAGGACUUUUUCCUGAGUGGUGCCAGCCAACUGGCAAGGGCAGCUGGAAGGGGGAGCCCACAACAGGAAAGAGGGGUACAGGGCACGUGGUGGAGAAUAGGCCAACUAGCCGCUAGCAACUGCCAUCUUCUGGGAGCUACAGAGACACCAGGGAACCCUGCAACCCAGGUAUACUUGGAGGUGCCAAGCUAGGACUAACCAAGGGCUGGCCUUCUCAGCCUCCCCUGUUUUGAAGGUGGGGUGGAGAUGGGUUCGUGCUUUCUUUACUCAUCUAGGGUCUGGCCCCACGAAAACAAUGUGCCUGUCAGUAGGUGGGGGGCUUUUCUGGGAAUUUGAACUCAGUCUUUCCACACUUUGAAAAAAGAAGAAAUUGGUCCCUGCCACCCGGCCCCUCCCCCACUUGGCCAGGGCUGCCUGUCCCUGAGUGCCCAUGAGCCUGCUUUGUGACAUCACAGGACGAUGACCUCAGCAGCCAGUUACCUCACCACGGAGACUCUAGAACAGUGUGGGCACUAUUUACUGGGCAUCCCCGCUCUGACCAAAGGCAUUGGUGACUGGAUCCGACAGUGGUACGGUCUUGGGUACGAAGUGCUCCUGAUGCUAGCUUAGUUCCAUGGCGGCUCAGGGUUGUAGAAAGAGAUACAAAGUCAACCUGGCCCCAUCUGUUGGUGACAAGCCAGAAGGAGGGGUCCCGUCGAAUCCUGUCCCUGAGCCAAAGCUGGCUUCCGGGGAGAUUUUGGACGAGCAUGGUGGCCGAGACACGAGCGAAGACGCAGGCUCCCCGGACAAGCUGGAACCAGAGGGCCCAACACCAGGCGCAGCUGUCCAGGUAGAAGAGAGUGACGCUCUCCAGCUCGCCUUCCCAAGGAAGCUGUGGAUGAUCGUGGAGAACGACGCGUUCAAGUCCGUGCGCUGGAGCGACAGCGGGAACACGGUGAUCAUCGAGAAGGACCUCUUCCAGAGGGAAGUCCUUCGCCGCAGAGGUGCAGAGAGAAUUUUUGAAACGGACAGCUUGAAGGCUUUCAAUCGACAGCUUAACCUCCACGGCUUCAUCAAAAUCCGCCCCAGCAAGGCUCUGGGGAAGACAAAAGUGAUGGUCUACCGCAACUGCAACUUUAAGAGGGACCAGCCUCUGGUCCUCCAAAACAUCAAGAGACGACGCCAAGCCGAGGGCAGCGCUCAGCCAGCCAAGGCGCCCACCCUGCCUGCCCCCGCGGCCCCGCCUCCCAAGAGGAAGAAGCUGGCAGCGACCAGACACUCGGCUCGAAUCCAGCAGAAGAACGCCAUUAAGGAAAGCAAGGAGGCGUCCCCGAAGAACCCUCCCGACGUCCUGGGGCCCAGCCCCACCCCAUCCGUCAGGUCCUCUAGUAUCUCGUCGGUGAGCAGUGUGGCCGAGGCCUCCAUGGAGCAGCCUCCCCUCGCCCAGUGCAGCGUGCCCAGCUGGGAGAGCACCUCUCACCGUGACAUGUUCGAGCCCCAGGUCAGCGCCGGGAUGGUGGGGGAGGGGGAGCCGCUCACCGAGCCUGGGGGCUACUCUGAUCCGUCCUCAGUCAUGACCCUGUACAAUGCCUGCUACUCCAUCCUGCUGGCAGGCCUGUCGGUCAUGGCUCCCGAGGAACCCUCCGACCCCCAGGGGGACAGCCCCUCGGACUACCACUGUUCCAUCUGCGAACAGUUCAGGGAUGAGCAGGCACCGUAGGCCCCCAGGCCCUGGUCAGGAGAGCCAUUUUCUAACCAGGAACCUAUUUUCGGCUUUCGUAAGGGUAAAUAAAUGACCUAAUGAGAACUGCCAGUCUGUGUUGUCUCUAGCCCUCCACACUAAAGGCGUCUCAUCGGUGGAAGCAGGAGGCUGACAGUCAUCUCCAGCUGGGCCCUGGACCGCGCUGCUGACCGUUUCCUUUCCAGCGGCAGCAUCUUCACACUUAGCACAGGGUUCUGCAGGGAGUGGGGAGGGCCAGUUCGAAGCUCUGGUCACUGAGCUCCGCCUGCUGAGCAGGUGACAAGCCAGACUUGCUGCUGCCUCACAAGGGUGUCAGCUGACACCAUUGAUGUCCUGGAAGUGGCAGUCUUUGGAUCAUGGGUCCCCUGAGUUUCUGGCCUGCAGCUGAGUGUCCCUAGCUCCAAAGAGGGCCCCUGAAACCAGGGCCACCCCAUCUGCCAAGGGUCACACCAGCACGUCAUUGUGGCUCAGGAGAGCUGGGUUGUUGCAGCCAAGGCCGGGGCAAACAGCCUCUCACCCUCAUAGACAAUGACCACUAGAAAGCGUGCUCGGAAAUGGUAAAACAAAUCCCACUACAGACUUCUCACUGUGCAAAGGCAAGCUCUAGGAGCGCUGUUUGGGAUCAUCUCUAGGGACGGGAAGGAGCUGUGCAAACGUGUGUGCUGUGUGUACUUCACUAAGCAAAUCCACUGUCCAACCGAGCACGGGGAGCUGGCAGAGGACGUAGCCGCUGCGUCAGUUCAGACGUUCUCUUCAUUGGGGAGGAGGUCACAACGGCUGCCCAGGCGCAGGUGACAUUCAGGCCCCACCCCAGCCUUUCACGAGCUCCCCCGGAUGCUGCUCCACAGUCUUCCAGUUUCACCAGAGGGAAGAGAGAGGAGGGGGACAAGGGGGCCCCCAGAUGCUAAACAGUCUUCUUCGUGUAUUUAUUUGCAUGAUGCAGACAUCAGUGUACCCAAAUAGUGGCCCUGCCCAGACGUUUCCUGGUAGAGGACAAAGUCCUUGAGACAUUGUCCAGGAGCACAAAGAGACACCUCCCCAGGAGAGCCCCACCCUCCCCACCACCCAUUUGAGCGGGGCAGUCAGUCACAGGAAAGCACAGAGCAGGGCCUGCUCUCUGGUGUAGAGGCGACUGGGAUUUCAAGAGGUUCAAGUAUCCGAGUCACAGUGGUGAAGGCAUUAGGCUUGCCCCUCGGUCCUGUCCCUCUCGGGGGUCCUGCCUCAUCACCCCUCCUGCCCCGAGGGGAUCAGAUGCUCUGGGAUGUCCACCUGGAAGACAUCCUUGCCUCCUUUCCCGGGUACGGGCUGCAGCAGCCAGCGUGGGUUAGAGAGCGCCGUCAGGUACUUGUCCUUCAAAUCGGUGAGCAGGGCUCGGGUUUCCAGCUGUACAGCCUCCUCCGGAGCUAGGUCUUUGGGGAACCGCACGGUUUCUCCCAGGUCAACGAGCCCUGCACACGGACAAGAGAAACACGACUGUUUCUGCCUUCCAGGUCCGAGCCUGCAUGUGCGACAAACUCAUUCAAAGUGACAAUCACUGAGGACUGAGAUGACAGCACCCCAAGGAACUCGGCGACCUGAGCCCCCCUUAGGGAGCGUCUGGACAUGCCAGAUGCUGCUCAGUGUGUGCCAGGGAAGGCCGAGGGAGGGCUCGAAGCUGGGAGGAUGAGGGCCUGUCCUCAAGGAUCCCACGAGGACUGUGCGGGGCCUGGCCAGAUUCUCAGGGCAGCAGUCGGCAGGGGCCCUGGUCGCUGGGGACUCACAGGAAAGCCGAUGCCUCCACAGGCCACCAUCUAUCAGGUGCUGACAGUGUGGACAACUUCAGCCCCCGCGAAGUGAGGCGAUUUGCCCAAGAUGCUGCUGGCUGGGGGUGGAGUGGGCCUGGGACCCUAGGCCGGCAGUCGGACGCUGGGGGAUCCAACCUGCCCUAAGAGCCAUAAUGCUUCCAGUGGUCUCUGCCAGGGACACGCACACACAAACAUGCGCACACAUGACAACACCUGUGGAAACGGACCUGUCCUAGCCUCUCAGAUCACCGUGGGGAGCUGUGGCCCCGAGCAGGGCAAGGGCUGACCCGAGGGCACCGACCGUCGCAGACAAGGCUCCAGCUAGCCCCCGAGGUCAGCCCCCGACCCAGUGCACGUUGCCUGCCCCUGCCCUCUGAAUGUAGCUGCUCACAGCCCCUCAGGACCCCACUCAGCAGUAAAGAGAAGGUGGAUCCUCCAGCAGCUGGGCCUGGUGUCACUUGCCUGCAAUCACCCCUCGGCCAAAUCGCUCCCCCUCCUGGAUCAGGGCCUGGACCUGGGCCGGCGUCAUUCCCAGCCUGUUCAGCAGCAGCUCCCGCCAGGUGUCGUCUUCCCAGUCCCUGUGGGCGAUGUGUAUGGCCAGGGUCCGGUUGCAGUGGCCGCUCAGCAGGGGACGCCAGCGCGUCUCCAGGGUCUUGACUCGAUUCAAGACCAAGCCGGCAUAGGGCUGCCGGAAGGAGAGGCAGGCGAACUUCAUCUCCGCGAGCUUUCUGCUCCUCCUCUUAGUGUGGCUAGGGAAAGAGGACGCACCGUGCGUGGACCAGAGUCACCCACCAGGCCUCUAAGCCACAGCCUGUGGGCCUGACGGCCCCGGCGUGCCCCGAAACUGCACUGUCUUUGACUGGGGAGCAGAAAGCCUUUGCUCCUUCCCUAUGCACACUGGGACACUGCGUCCCCACCAUGGUGGGACACACGGGAGCGUGUGGAUCCAGUGACUGGUGCUCAUCUGAGUUAAAGCCAGGACAGCGUGCAGUGGGGGCAGCCCAGAGGUCACCUAAGGGUACACAGGAAGGCCUGGGCCUAGGGGGGGAAGGGGGACUCCAGCCCUCAGCCCUCUCUCAUGCACUUGUGGGGAUGCUGCAGGGCUCCCUCCCGCCCCAUUACCCAGGGGGCACUGCAGGCCCCACCUGCCUGGCUCCUCCCCUGGGCUGCUCAACAUUCACCCUUGGCCCUGGGACACCCUGCCACCCCCACCUCACAAAACCCCGUGGGGUUCUCCUCCUGACCCCUUGAAGCAACAUCCCCUCAGUUCUUUCCCCCACCAUUUCUGUCCCCUGGCAGCAGCCGGCCCUGCCCCACCCUGAGCUGUAGGGACCCCAAGGCCAUCAGGGACAAGCCAUCCAGAGCAGGAAAGACUGGCAUUAACAAGCAUAUGUCUUCUACCUCUGGGCCCAGAGGCUGCGUGACCACAGAGAAUGGAGUUUAAAGCCCCACAGGAGCCCACAGGGUCCGAGCUACCUUCACUCCCUCCCUGCAGCAGGAAACGAGGUGCCCCUGGUCACAGGGACCCGACUUCACGCAGCCUCCCCUGGAGACUUUCUGUGUCGUCUGAUGGGAUCUCUCCAGCAGGACUCCCUGAGCAGCCCGCCCUUCCGCUCUCCUGGGGAGGCAGUUAUGACACCCUGAGACGGUGACCUCUCCUGGAGUUAGGCGGCUGGGAUACCCCCAGAGCGUCCCACACGGCCUGGGUUCUCCAUCUCUCUGGUCCUUGGCUCCCUCAGGUGCACACCUCUUGUGCCAUGGGUCCCUGCCUCAGGGAUGGCUGUGAGGAGCCGGGGACUCCUCCAGGGAUGGUGCUCAGUUGGUGCGUGGGCACUGGCAGGACCUGACACUCGCUCGCCCGACUCUUGUCCCCCUCUGGAGACUGUCCUCCUCGGGGCUCCUGUGACACCAACUGCCCUACCGCCUCCUUCUUCCACCCUGGCCUCAGUCUCCUUCAGAAGACCUCUUCCUCUGCUCGCUCCUGAGGCCUGUCUCUAAGACGCCCUCCACAGCCCUUCCUCCCUCUACACUGGGCUCAGCUUCCUUGGACAACCCUGAGCACCAACCUUCUGCUUGACUUUGCCAACCUUGCUGGAGCUACAGAGCUUUGGAAUACUUGCCCCAGGAGGGUAGAUGCAGGCAUUUGAGGCCCAAGGAGCCAAGAGGCCGAGAAACGAGAAAACAGAAGCUAAAGAGACAGGGAACACAAGUAGCUGAGCUGCCUCAGUCUCAAAAGGUAUGGCCGUGACCUUGGGGGGUUUCAAAGGGUGGAGCCAUGGCCACUGGUGUUUCUAAGGGUGGAGUCGCCACUCAGAUGGACUACAGGAAUUGUGCACCUAAACCCAAGGGAAUAGAGUUGCCGUCCCAGUGGGCCUAGAAGGCAGAGUUAAAAGCCCAGGGCCGAGGGGCCUCCACUCAGAAUUCGGAGAGUGUGGCUAGUACUUAGAGUCUGGAGGGCAGGGGUAUUGUAUAAAAUUGUCUCAGAGAACAGUGGAUUAUUUUCCAAGCUUUGAGAGCUAAUGUAAUGUUUUCUGCUGACUUGCUUGCUGCCUGUUAAUGCCUUCUUCUCCUGCCAGUUCCUCCUAUUUGUAAUGGAAAUGUCUAACUUGUGUCUGUUUUGCCAUUGUACCCUUGGAAGCAGAUAACUUGUGUUUUAGAUUUCACAGGUGAAGAAGAAUUUUUGGAUUUGGAAUUAAGGCUUCUGCUAUGAUAUGAUGGGAUGAAUAUGUUUUGCAUGUUGCAAGGAUGUGAUUUCGGGGAGGGGGGCAAAGGGUGGAAUGUUAUGGAGUGAAUUGUGUCCCCCCAAAAAUGUGUGUGUCAACUUGGUUAGGCCAUGACUCCAAGCAUUGUGUGGUUGUCCUCCAUUUUGUGAUCGUAAUUUUAUGUUAAGAGGAUUAGGGUGCAAUGGUAACAUCACCCUCACUCCGGUCACUUCCCUGAUCCAAGGUAGAGGCAGUGACCCAGGGGUGUGGCUUCCACCACUUUUCAUCUCCCAAGAGAUAAAAAGGAACGGGAAGCAACAGAGAGUUGGGGACCUCAUACCACCAAGAAAGCAGCACUGUGAGAAGAGCGUGUCCUUUGGACCUGGGGUCCCUGCGCCUGAGAAGCUCCUCGAACAGGGGAGGACUGAUGACAAGGGCCCACCUCCAGAGCUGACAGAGAGAGCCUUCCCGUGGAGCUGAUGCCCUGAAUUUGGACUUGUAACCUACUAGACUAUGAAAAAAUAAAUUUCUCUAUGUGAAAGCGACGUACUUCUGGUACUCCUGUCACGGCAGCACUAGAUGACUAAGACAAGGUUCCCCUGCCAUGGUUUUCACUGGAUUUGGGUUAUUUGCGAGGGCGGUCAGCUGCUCCCACGUGGAAGGCCGUUGCUAUUUCUUGUAUCAGGGCCUAUACCUAGCCUGAAGGUCGCCUGGUUCCUUGGCUGACGGACCCUUGUCACCAACUGCACAGGAUCCCAAGGACAACGCCCGUGAGAACGGAUGGGAUCCAGUCCCCUCCUGCCUUGUGCGCACAGAGUACCUGUUUUGUGGCUGAGGAGCGAUGUUCCUGCACGUGUUUCAGCUCCUUCACCUGUAGAAGGACAAGGAUGAUGAGAAACAGCCACAGUACAAGGCAGCAAUGUUGGGGAAGGGUGGUGUCAUGGAUUGAAUUGUUUCCCCCCAAAAUAUGUGUCAACUGGGUUAUGCUAUAACCGCCAGUAUUGUGUGGUUGUCCCCCAUUUUGUGAUUGAUGUAAUUUUCCUGUGUUGUAAAUCCUAAUCUGCACCCCUGGUUAAUGAAGUAAGAUUAGGUUAUGUUAAAGAGGAUUAGGGUGGGAUAGAUGUCACAUCCCUGACCCAAUGUAAAGGGUGUUUGCCUAGGGUGUGGCCUGCAUCACGUUUUACCUUACAAGAGGCAAAAGAGAGAAUGCAUCAGGGAAACAUGGGGGACCUCAUACCACAAAGAAAGCAGUGCCGGGAGCAGAGGGCGUCCUUUGGACCUGGGG